AUGGACGAAUCACCAACAAAACAUAACGCAGCAGAGGAGAUGUCUGCCCUGCAGACCCAGGUCAGACAGUUCUUACAGGUUGAUGACGGAGAUGAUGAUAAUGAUGUCUAUGACAAUGACAAUGACCACGAACAUUACGACGCCGAUGAAGAUGAUGAGGACGAUGAUCAACAUCAACAUUAUAGUGAGCCAGUGACUAUUGUCGAUGAGAGUAGCACUACGAGGGUGGUGACAACAGUCGAGGAUGCUGAUGAUGGUGGAGAUGACAGCGCCACAAGUCUACACUCACGUUCACUCAGAAGGAAUCGUCGAAACUUUGCCAUACCAAUGCCAGGCCAGCAGCAACAACAACACCAGUCUGCCGCCACUGCCACUGCCACGGCAAACACACCAGCCAGACAUCAUCAUAAUCAACACAACCAAACGGGUGCGCCAGUCACACCACCCACUCCACCAGUCCGUUCGCCGCUCACCUUCAACAUAUCUCCACGUGGACCUCCACCUCCACUCCCAGCGCCGCGAUCAAUGUCACAUGGAAGCUUCCUUGGCCAAACCCCCAGCCACACACAAAGCCAAAGCCACAGCCACAGUCACAGCCACAACCACAGCCAGGUCCAAGGACAGAGUCCAGCUCACACCCAAGGACAACAUGGCAACAUAUCAACAUUGGGCAAAUAUCAACUGGUACAUCAACUUGGUUGUGGAUACUAUGGCAACACAUACUCGGCAAUUGUAUCUGACGCCAGCGAACAUGUGGCCGUGAAGAUGAUGGAUGGAAAUAGACUGAAUUACAAUCAGCAGUGUACAUUGCGCAAAGACUUUGAUGUGCUCAAGUCCCUUUCAUUCAAUCAGAACAUUGUACAAUAUAUCGCUUUGGUGGCAGGCGGUGAUCAUGCCCAUGGCACGGUCGGCGUCGUCCAGGAGUUUGUGGAAAACGGCUCGUUGGCGGACAUUCAUCGUCGCCUGGGACCCGUGCCCGAGUCCCUUCUCAGCAAGUAUGUGACUCAGGUGCUCGAGACCCUGCACUACCUGCAUCAACAAGACAUCAUUCAUCGAAACAUCAAGGCCACAAACAUAAUGUUGAGCAAGGCCGGUCAAGUUAAACUCAGCGACUUUGCCCUGGGUAGCACCCUGGGUAGCACCUAUAGACAUUCACUCGUUGGCGACCCGAACUGGCAGGCACCCGAACUACUACUGAUGCGCGACUACACAAGCAAGGUGGAUAUAUGGGCACUGGGAUGUGCCAUCGUCGAGACUGUCACGGGCCAUCCGCCUUACCCCACACUGCCGCCCAUGGAGGCGCUUGUACGCAUCGUCGACGAGAAGAGGCACAUGGACUUGCCCAAGGGUGUGUCCCGCGAUCUGGCCAGCUUCCUUCAAGGAUGUUUCACGCGCAACCCUCUAGAACGUCCCUCUGCCGAACAGCUUCUCAAGCACCCUUGGGUGCUCGGUGCCGCCAUAGGCUCGGCAAACCAGCAACAACAGGACGCUGCCGCGGCUGCGUUCACGUCGCUGCUCAAUCAGCCACCCCCUCAAGUUUGGCCCAAGCAGCGCGAUGGACCAGUCGGGAAAGCCUCGCGCCGAGCUCUUCUCGGUCGAGUAUCCAGGUGCCUCACCACAGUCGGUUGCCUGCAGUGA